AGGACCCAUGGGCACUGUUCAAAUGAGCACCGCUGUUCGGCAGAGAGUGUCCUCCAGCGUCAAGGUGGACAACCCUCUGCCUGUCCCGGUGACGUUUGACAUCAACUGCAAAGUGCCCGACGUCAGCGUUCCCCAGCACUUUACUGUCCCUGCACAGUCGAAGGCGGAUCUUGUCUUGGAGUAUCAGCCCCUGCAAACGGGUGAGAGCAGCGGGCAGCUGGUGCUCCAGAGCAGCGACUUGGGCUCUCUGUUUUACACGCUGCAGCUGAAAGCCACCUGGAGCAGGCCAGAGAAGCCCGUGUAUUUCCGCACCAGGCUGGGCUCCCGUCAGACCAUCACCACCAAAAUACGGCAUUUUGCCCAGCAGAAGACCGAGUACCUCGUACAGACCGACUGUGCCGACUUCCAGACGGCAAAAUCCAUCAGUGCGGCACCUGCCAGUGCUGGGGGCUCGGACCUGAGCGUGGAAGUGACCUUUGAGCCCUGCCACCUGGGCGAAGCCAAGGCCACGCUGCAGCUCAGCUCUGCAUUGGGCGGGCAGUACUGCAUCCCACUCAUCGGCCUUGCGCUGCCCCCUGAAGCCCAGGGCCCCUUCCUCAUCCCAGCCGGCGGCACCACCUCCAUCUCCUUCAGGAACGUCUUCCGGAAGGCCACGGCGUUCCAAUACGCAGUGAAGCACCCGGACUUCACCGUCAGGGCCCCCGAGGUGCUGCGCGCCAAGAGCAGCACCACCAUCACCGUAUCCUUCGCGGGCGGCCCGGCUCCUGUCACCAGCAGGCUGGUGGUCUCCUGCCCUGGGGGCUCCUGGAUCUACCACCUCCGGGGCCUGCCCUCCCCCCGCAAGUGA